GUCGUCGUGACGGUUCCCGGUCAAGCAUGUGCUUUCGGCGUCGAAUCAUUUACAUCAGUGUACCUGUGUAAAUCGACGGUGAGAUACACGAACAUCACCUUCGAGGAGUGAAGAGCGCUUCCUCGUGUACGGUCGCGCCGGAGAAAAGCGAUGCCCAUCCAGGACCAUGACGCCUUCUCCUCCACUGCCUCCAAUGGUCCUGAAAGACUUGGAGGACAUUGGGAAGUGGCUGGAGUCCAAUCCGGAAGCGUUCGAAAGGUGGUUGAGGGAUCAUGCUUCUCAAGAUUUAAAGCAACGUGUACAGAAAGCUCUGUUGCCAGAAACGGAGCACGACUUAACCAAAAAUUCGAAUAUUUCAUCUGAUAUAUUCCAACUUUGGUUAGCGGCGUCUCCGGCGAACAAUAAUCAACAACUACAAAAUAUCCGUCCUGAAUAUAAUUAUGAAUCUUUGGAGGAAUCGGAACUUUUUAUGGAACUCAUCCGAGACGUAGCAAAUGAACUCGACAUAGAUGUAUUGUGUUAUAAAAUUUUGAAGAAUGUCAGUAUGCUUACGUACGCCGAUAGGGGUUCCCUAUUUUUGGCUCGAUCUUCUGGAGAAGAAAAAUAUCUUGUUGCUAAACUGUUCGACGUCCGACAUGAUUCCUCCUUUGAUGAAGCCAUUAGACUUUCCAGAUAUGAAGAGCUGAAGAUACCGUUCGGUGUUGGGAUUGCGGGAACGGUAGCACAGACGAAAACUCUUAUAAAUAUCAGGGACGCCUACAAAGACCCACGAUUUAACAAUGAAAUUGAUCUACGGACGGGAUACAGGACCAAUUUGAUCCUUUGCAUGCCAAUAUGUAAUUAUGAAGGUGACGUGAUUGGCGUCGCCCAAAUUAUCAACAAAACCAACGAUUCGCAAGAUUUCACUGCUCGAGACGUCGAAGUUUUUCAACGAUACUUAACUUUCUGCGGUAUUGGGAUCCAGAACGCGCAGUUAUUCGAAGUAUCAGUGUUAGAAUAUAAGAGGAAUCAGAUUCUACUGAAUUUGGCACGGAGCAUUUUCGAGGAGCAGAGUAAUCUGGAAUGUCUGGUAACUAAAAUAAUGAGGGAAGCUCAGGAUUUGCUCAAGUGUGAACGCUGCGCUGUUUAUUUACUCGACUUGGAUUGCUGCGAAGCAAGUCACUUAGAGCGUAUUCUAGAGCGUCCUGGGAAGUCAAUAGAACGUUACGCUCCUCCACUGAAUCGAGUCGAAAGCGGCACCCUGACAGCGGAAGACAUGCGAGAAAACGGAUUACGGAAACCGAGCGUAUUUACAACCGUGUUUGAACUAAGAGAUUGCGGAACACAAACGCUCGUUUCGAGACCAUCAUCGUUUGAUUUGGCAAGCUCUACUCUGGCUCAAAUAGCCGGUUACGCUGUUUCUACUGGUCAAAUUCUCAACAUCGGCGACGUUAAAUCGUGGCUAAAAGAAAAACACAGUGAAGGAGACGCCGAAACAGCCAGUACGAUACUUUGUAUGCCCAUAAUGAACGGGAAAAGGAAUCUAAUAGGUGUGGCUCAAUUGAUAAACAAGGAAAACAACGCUCCGUUUACAGAAUGCGACGUUUCGUUAUUCGAGGCGUUCGCGAUUUUCUGCGGAUUGGGUAUCCACAAUACUCAAAUGUACGAAAACGCUUGUAAAUUGAUGGCGAAGCAGAAAGUAGCAUUGGAAUGUCUUUCAUAUCACGCUACCGCCAAUGACGAAUCCACGGAAAAAUUGGUCAAAGAAGAAAUUCCUUCGGCGGAUUGUUUUAACCUGUACAGUUUUACUUUUAUCGAUUUCGAUUUGUCGGAUGAUGAUACUUGCAAGGCGACUUUGAGGAUGUUUAUGGAAUGUAAUUUGGUGCAACAGUUUCAUAUUCCCUAUGAUGUUUUAUGUAGAUGGAUAUUGAGUGUGAAGAAGAAUUACAGACCGGUAAAAUAUCAUAAUUGGAGGCAUGCGCUCAACGUUGCUCAGACUAUGUUUGCUAUGUUUAAAACUGGAAAAAUGGAAAGGUUUAUGAGCGAUUUAGAGAUAUUGGGGUUGAUAGUAGCUUGUCUAUGUCACGAUUUAGACCAUCGAGGUACUAACAACGCUUUCCAAAUGAAAACCGAUUCGCCGUUAGCAGUUUUAUAUUCGACGAGUACAAUGGAACAUCAUCAUUUCGACCAGUGCGUAAUGAUCCUCAAUACAGACAGCAAUAAUAUUUUCCAAGCACUAUCACCUGAGGAUUAUCGCAAGGUUAUGAGAAUCGUCGAAACUGCAAUUUUAUCAACCGAUUUGGCGAUGUAUUUUAAGAAAAAAAACAAAUUCUUGGAAUUAAUCGAAAAUGGGGAAUUUGACUGGCAGAGCGACGACAAAAAAGAGCUACUUUCCGGUAUGAUGAUGACGGCUUGUGAUGUUAGCGCUAUUGCAAAACCAUGGGAUGUCCAACAUAGGGUAGCGAAACUAGUAGCCGACGAGUUUUUCGAUCAAGGUGAUUUGGAAAAAUUACAACUGAAGGAGCAACCCAUUGCACAAAUGGAUAGGGAAAGGAAAGAUGAACUACCCCAAAUGCAAGUUGGUUUCAUAGAUGUAAUUUGUCUGCCUUUGUAUAGGGUAUUAUCUGAAACGUUUCCUUGGAUGAAACCACUUUAUCAAGGGACACUUGAGAACAGGCAACAUUGGCAAGAUUUAGCUGAAAAAGUUGAAAUGGGUCUUACAUGGAUAGAUCACGAUACCAUAGAUAAACCUGUUGAAGCUUUCACAGAUCCAGAAGAAACUAAAGAUAUUGAACUAACAGUUCAAACCCUCCACACAGUGAUGUCUUCUCCUCCAAUAGAAAUCAAAAAGAGACAGAAGCACAAAUUUUGUUGCAUAUUGUGACAAAAAGCCGAAAAAGAUAUUACAUACGUGUAGGACUCUAUUAAGAAACUUAGAUCAAAAAUAAAAUGCUCAUAGUCAGUUCUAUUCAGGUAGUAGAAACUAGUUUCAAAAUAAAUGAUAUUUUCCUUAUUAUUUAUAAGACACAAACGAAUUAUUUGUUUCAUUCCUAUUUUGUUAUCUUUAUUGACAUUCAUCAUUGAAUUAUUUAUUUAUUUAGUUUAUAAUCUUAAUUAACAUAUUAUUCUCUAUAAACUUUUUAUUUUAGUAGAUAUUACUUACACGAUAGUAGCGUAGGUUCUUAUAAGUAAAAGGGGGCCACAUAUCAAUCUCUUAUUUAACAAUUCGAUUUUCAAAAUUAGUUAUUAAGAUAGAUAUCUGAAUAGAACUUUUUCACUCCUUCAUACUCACAAUCUCAAUAAAUACAUCGUGAUUCGCUAUAAAUUAAAAUUUUCCUGGACAUACUAAAUUGAGCUGUAAAUAUAACAUCCAAAAUGCCUGUUUGGUUUAUACUACAUUUUCUGUUUGAAUUCGAAAUAAUAACCAAUUCAUCUUCUUUUUUAAAAGGAGCAUAUUAAUUUCUAGACAACUAGUAAGUGGUGUCUCUGUAAAAGAAAUACACAGCUAUGUAUAAUUCUUCUUUUUUUCAUUGAGUGAUCAGCUGAUUAAUUUUCAAUCUACAUAACAGUGUUUGUUCAAUAUUUUGAAACUAUCAAUGUCUAAUAAUGCAACAGCAAAAGUACAAUAGCUUAUUUGUAGUACGCCUUUUUGAUUUAUUUGUUAAAAAUGACACGGGUCCAGAAAAAAUAUUUUUUUCGAAGCAAUUUUCAAAAUAAAGUAUCACUUUGUAUUUUUUAAGAACACAAAUGAUGUUUUAGUAACUACUCAAAACAUUUUGUAACUUAGGAUUUGUAAACCAAGAUGUAAAUAGAUAUUUCCUUAAUUAUAGUAGGCGAAUUUUAUUACUCGACCAGAAGAAUUUAACCUAAAAGAAAAAUUUUACAAACUUUCGAAUGUGGAAUGAAAAUUUUUUACUAAAAUACACUACGAAAUAUGGGAUUGCAUAAAACAGUUGUUGGCUUAAUUGGCAUGCAUUUAUUCGUUCGGUCUCAAACCUGAACAGAAGAAACUGGGAUACAAUUUUUUUCAGUUACAGUUAUUCAUGGAGGGUAGAGAGAAGAAGAAUAAUCUUUGUAUAUGAAAAACGUCGGACGAAAUGUGUUGAACGAAGGUGGCGUCAUAUCAGCAUCAGGAUAAUUUUCUUUUAGGUUGUAUUUAUUACAUUGUGCAAACCAACCACCUUCUUUAGAUUGUACGUGGAUGGAACGAAAACGCUUGUUGUUAGUAGGCAUCCACCAUAGAACAAUGCUGUUCUGUGAUUUGCUGGACGCAAUAGCCCUUAUUUCCACCUGACAUCAAAUCUGUAAACUUUGACGUAUUAGCUGUGCUAAUGUACCCAUAGAGCGCGCUUCGUUUCAUCACCCACUUCCCGCACUAACAAGUUUCCAAAUCCUGACGUACCCUACGUCAUUCUAGAAGGUUUUUGAACUGUUAUUUAUUAUAUACAGUUGGACCUUUUUCCAAAAUCUCUCCCAUAUAUGAUACUCCUCCUCUUCACCCUUCAUACUGUUGUUACAACAGAACUAAAAAGCAAAGUCUCUGUUAUGGAAAGUCUGGACACGAAUUAGAACGCCCAUGUGUAACAGAGAAAACUCUGUGUCCUUUUCUAUUCUUUCCUUCCAAGAAAUUAAUGGCGCCCGCGCUUACGGUGACGUCGGUUUCUUCUUUCACGUGAUUUCGCGAAUAUAAAUACAUUCACACAUAAAUUCGUAAUAUAACAACAAUAUAUCGAUCAAAUACUAAUAAUACAAAUUUUAUUUCCUUUAUAAAACAAUUUGAAUAUAUGUUCCUAUGGUCAACAACAUUGUUUGAUCAUUUGAACAGACCACUGUUUCGCGCGUUUCUCUUAUUGGAGCCGCCAUUAAUUUCUUAGCUGGAGGCCAACCAAUCGCGUGAACGACCGCUCGUGUCUAGACCUUCCAAUACAGGGAUUCUACUAAAAAGUUGUUGACAAUGCCAUCUGCACUUUCAACUACAAACCCUAACGUCAAUUAUUUUUAUAUACUCAAUUUGUGGAAUGCUUAACUUACCAAAUGACUGUUCUCUUGAAAACUAUCACUCUUAUUUAAAUAAUUUUCUUGUUAGAUUUUUCUAUUAACUUAAAUAUCUUUAUGGUUGAUUGUAUCUGUUUAUAUUCAUUUUUGUUAUAUUGAAUUCGAUACAUUUGUAUAUUAUGUUAGUUAUUAAAUAUAUAUUAUUACACAGUCGAUUUUAUCGCUAAGUUUUUGUAAACUUUUAAAUAAACAAGUUCGACUUAAU